UGGGAAACAGCAGCUGCGGUUUUCUAGAGAGACGUCGUUCCUUUUUGCAUCCUGAUGAUCAUCGUUUAUUCGGUCUCUUCGGAAGAACAUAACGGAAUGAGCCGUUUUGCGCUCUGCCGCUCGCUCGGAUGGAGCGACCACUGACCCCGGUCCUUCUCGGUGACGCGCUUGUAUUUCAGCCGUUUUGUGGUCCUCGCAAGUGAGAAUAAGGUGACAGAUGGAGGUACACAUGAGCGGCGCAGCCUUCAGUUAGCGGAAUGGACCUUGCUGAGAGGCGUUGCGUGUCAGCUGCGGCAGGAAGGAUGUGAUAAGACCCCGGUAUCUCGCUCCGCUGGCCCCCGACAGAGAGACCACCAUGUCGCCCAGGGCUCUGAAGAGACUGGUCCACUUGGUGCUGCUCUGCCCGCUCUCCAAAGGCCUGCAGACCCGUCUUCCUGCUGUCAAGGUGAAGUAUCUCCUCCUGGCCUGGCUGGGCAUCCUCAUUGGCGGCUGGCUGGUUUACAUGCAGUACUCCUCGUACUCCGAACUCUGUCGAGGACACGUCUGCCAAAUGGUCAUCUGCGACCACUACAGGAGAGGACUUAUCUCGGGCUCGUCCUGCAAAGCUUUGUGUGAUCACAAGAGUCUGACGCUGCAUCGCUGCAUGUCCACGUCCGCCAUUCACCAGGUCUACAGCGGACUGUGGAAGGAGAAGCUGGUCGUGAUCAAGUGCGGAAUCGAGGACCGGGUGAGGAGCGAUGGCAACUCUUUUCUGCCGCAGGACACAAGGCUGUACGACAAACCGACUCGGGGAACGUCCAUCGACGAAUUCAAAGAAAUGCUGCUUGGCUACCUGAAGACGAACCUGGGCGAGCAGUCUUCUCUGGGCUCCCUGGUGGACCAGAUCAUCAAACUGUCCGACGUCAACCAUGAUGGUAAAGUCUCCCUCGCCGAGGCCAAGUCCAUCUGGGCUCUCAUCCAGAUCAACGAGUUCCUCCUCAUGAUGGCGCUCCAGGAGAAGGAGCACACGCCCAAGUUGCUGGGCUUCUGCGGGGACUUGUAUGUGACGGAGCGUGUGAGCCACAGCUCCCUCUACAGGCUAGAGGUGCCACAUUACCUCCAGGCGCUGGUGCCUGGGGCGCUCAGAACGGCUCUGAACCACUGGCUCGCCCCGUCUUGGCCUCGGCGAGCUCGCAUCACUAUCGGCCUGCUGGAGUUCGUGGAGGAAGUCUUCCACGGAUCCUACGGCAGCUUUCUGAUCUGUGACACUAGUCCUCUGCAUGUGGGCUACAACAACAAAUUUGACUGUAAAAUGGCAAACCUGCGCAGCGUGGCCUCGGAUGCUGCAGUGAGGGGAUAUUUAAAGGGUCGGCGCUGUGAGACCAACGCCGACUGCACGUACGGCCGGGACUGCACGGCCACCUGCGACCGGCUGGUGAAACAGUGCAACACGGAGGUGGUGCAGCCCAACCUAGCCAAGGUUUGCAUUCUGCUUCAGGACUUUCUGCUCUUCGGAGCGCCCGCGGAUCUACGUGAGGACCUGGAGAAGCAGCUGCGCACGUGCGUGACGCUGAGCGGACUGGCCAGUCAGAUGGAAGUGCACCACUCGCUGGUGCUCAACAACCUGAAGACCAUACUGUGGAAGAAGAUUUCAAACACCCAGUACUCCUGAAGUGUUGAGAAGCGAUUGAACUUUGACCUCUGUUUUCAUUCUCUUUAAGUCCUCUUUAAGCUACAUUGUGCCAUACACUUGGAAACUGAGACAAUCAGACUUCAAUA